AACUUUUAUGUUAAACGCUAUAUAAAAUUCUCCUUCCUGUCACUGGAAAAAGAAAGCUUUAAUUCUCUCUAAAUAUUCAGGUUCAAUUUAUAAGAUCCAAUUCUUAUGGAAAUCGCAUCAGCUAAAUGGUUAUCUGAACUGGGAAUGGAGGAUUCUGCCUUUUUCCAUCAAGAGCAAAUGGACUCUCUUGAUAACCAGCUAUAUGGAGUCAAUUUUUCGCAAAUCACACACAGCAAUCACGGUUUUCACCCUGAAGCGCCUUCUCGUCAUGCCCUUGUUGAGAUGUCUACAAAACAAGCGGAUAGCUUGAACUCUUUCACGGCUGAACACAUUUCUUCUAAUGCUUCUCCUUCUUUCAUCUCCUCCCAAAUUAUUUCUUUUGGGAACUCCUCCGCCGCAUCUCCGCCUAUUUCUGAUCUAGUCUCCAGUAGCAAAGACGCCAUGAUUCCUAAGACUGAGCCUAGGACUUCUUUAUAUGCUCAAGAGCAUUUAGUUGCAGAAAGAAAACGCCGCGAAAAGCUUAGCCAACGGUUGAUAGCUCUUUCAGCUCUUGUUCCUGGACUAAAGAAGACAGAUAAGGCUUCUGUCCUUGGAGACGCUGUCAAGUACUUGAAACAACUUCAAGAGCGUGUGAAAAAGCUUGAAGAACUGGCAGCAAAGAAAGCAAUGGAAUCAAAGGUUGUGGUGAAGAAAUCUCGUCUCUUUAUUGAAGAAGAUGAAACUUCUCCACCUGAUGAGAAGUCUUGUGACCAGUCCAAUCAAUAUCUCCCUGAAAUCGAAGCCAGAGUUUCAGAUAGGGACGUGCUUGUUAGAAUCCAAUGUGAGAAGAACGAAGACUGCCUUGUAAACAUACUUAAAGAAAUUGAGAAGCAUAAUUUAACUGUUGCCAAAAGCAAUGUUUUAUCAUUUGGGAACUCUACUCUUGAUAUAACUGUUGUCGCACGGAUGGACAGUGAAUUCUCACUUACAGCGAAAGAUCUUGCGAAAAAUCUUCGACUAGCUCUAUUGCAUCCAUCUGCCAAAAGAAAGCUGUGCUGAUAUUGUGACUCUGAAGAUUACAUAUGUAUACAAGUAAUUCUGAAACGACGUGUUAAAGAAGACUGUGUGGAAGAGACUCUAAUUUAACCAUAAUUAACUCUUAAUUAGAGAACAUCAUUAUCUGCUUUGUCUUUGUGGAUUUAUUGAGUGAAGUUAGGUGCUAUAUGU